UUAAAGCCCAAUAAAGCUUCGGUCUAGUUAAUGCCCGGUACUUCCCGAUCUACUACGUAUAACGCGGUUCCUGCCUAGGGUUUGCAGGGGCACCGGAUUCAUCAAGCACAGGGACCUGCGGUGGUGGAAAGAUGCCGUCGCACAAGACGUUCAAGAUCAAACAGAAGCUGGCGAAGAAGAUGCGCCAGAAUCGCCCCAUCCCCCACUGGAUCCGCUUGAGGACGGACAACACCAUCAGGUAUAACGCCAAGCGCAGGCACUGGCGCCGCACAAAGUUAGGAUUUUGAGGACGCUCUAUCUUUCCGGUCGCCUUUCUGAAACAUUAGGUUUCUUUCUGACCUGAUCGACGAUUCUCGUCAUUGCUUUAGUAGAGUAUCUUGUUCCUUGUUCUUGUGCUGAACUCGUUCCGCGGUGAUCGAAUAUGGAUUUUUGCACGCUCUAUCAGUUGGUUUUAUGUUCUGGAAUUUGUCGAAUCAAAUGAUUUAUGCAUUUGUUGGAUCUA